AUGGCACCCGUAGGAGGUGAAUUGAAGGUGAUCUACAAGAGAUUUAAGCCGCACAUUCUCAUGGUUCUGACUCACAUGGCUUAUACAUUUUUGUACCUCAUCACAGACAUUUCCUUCCACCAUGGGAUGAAUGCUCAUGUAUUUGUAACCUACCGUCAUGCUUUGGGGGGUUUAGUGAUAUUUCCUUUCGCCUAUUUUCUUGAGAGAAAAGUAAGGCCAAAGAUGACAGUAGCCUUGUUUUUGGAGAUUUUUGUGCUUUCUCUAGUAGGGGUUGGCUUAACCCUUAACAUGUACUUUGCAAGCUUGAAAUACACCUCUCCAACCUUUGUCACAUCCGUGGUGAACACCGUUCCAUCCUUGACUUUUGUAAUUGCCGUUGCACUCAGGAUGGAGAGUCUUGAUGUUAGGCACCCUCGUGGGAUAGCCAAAGUGCUGGGAACCUUGACAUGCUUGGCAGGGGUGAUAGUCAUAGCUUUGUAUGAAGGAGCUGAACUUCAAAGUUGGAAGGGUGCUCCGAUCCACAUAAUCAGAAGUAAUUAUGUUCAUGAGAACUGGAUCAAAGGACCAAUUCUAGCUGUUGCAAGUUCCAUAUCAUGGUCUAUAUGGUACGUUAUGCAGGGAAUUACAAUGAAGAAGUAUCCUGCGCCACUGUCACUAACUACAUGGAUAAACUUUGUCGGUGGAGCACAAUCAGCCGUCUUUACUGUACUCAUACAACACAAACCAGCAGCAUGGUCCAUUCCAUUCAACAUUGAGUUUUGGAACAUCGUAUAUGCUGGAAUUGUAUGCUCAGGUUUGAUAAUCUUCGUUCAACUAUGGUGUACGGUACAAAAAGGUCCAGUUUUUGUGACCAUAUUUAAUCCCUUCGGAACUGUGUUGGUAGGACUUCAAGCAUACUUCCUUCUUGGCGAAAGGAUGCACAUGGGCAGAAUUGUGGGAGCAGUCAUCAUCAUCCUCGGUCUAUACUUGGUGUUAUGGGGCAAAGAAGGUGACCAAUAUGACAUCAAAUCCCGAGAGAAAUCUUUUUUGUCUAAUGAUGAGCCGAAGGAACCCAAGAUACCAAGAGAAGAAGUCCCCUAAAGGUUUUUUUUCACCCAGAAAAGAAGGCCUAUAGGUCUCCGAGAGAAAAAUAUAAAAUUUAAAUGUAUCCUUUGAUGCAUACAAAUGGAAGGGAAAAAGAAAGCUCUUUUCUUC